UGCAGGACGGCACGAGCUGCCUGGGCCAGGUGAUUUAGAGAGGUGUAUCUGCGCAGAGUCUGAGCGAAAGCGCUUGCAGACGUCACCUAAAAACAAAGGCCAAUUCACAGAGGAGAUAUGCAAUAAAAAGGUCUCUGACUUUAUCUUACAGGGUUAUCUGUGACUCCUGCCUGCCUGCGGGGGUGAGGGGGGUGUAUGAGCAUGUGUGCCUCUCAUCUCUUUAUAAGCAGGAAUAGGAACCCAGGAAAAAUCAUCAAACAGGCAUCUGGUUCCGAACCAAAGGGAUCCCAGCAGGAAACCAGCUUCUGAACAUCAACCUCUACUGUCAGUGAAUAUCUGCUCUCAGCAUGAUGUGGAAAACCACAGCGCUCGCAGUGUGUCUGCUCCUGGCCGGAGUAAAGGCACUGGACGGCCCCUCAUAUGGGGUCAAAUUAUGCGGCCGGGAGUUCAUCCGCGCUGUCAUCUUCACCUGCGGAGGCUCUCGAUGGAAACGCUCCUUAACAAACACAGAUGAAAUACUGGACCUAUUGAACACAUAUGACAAUAAUGCUGCAGAUACCUCAGUGCUUUACGGUGCUGCAACAUCCUCCCAGCAUGCAUCUGACUCAAGCCUUCCGUCACUGGCACAAGGUGAACAGGAAGGUGGCGUGUUCAGCAGGCCUGCGCGCUCUCUCAUAUCAGAGGAGGUGCUUGAAGCCUUGCGCACCGUUGACAGAAAGGGACGCGAUGUAGUGGUGGGACUGUCCAACGCCUGCUGCAAGUGGGGCUGCAGCAAAGGAGAAAUCAGCUCACUUUGCUAAGACUAACCUUCUCUGUGGCAUGAGUGAAGAAAAGAGAGUAUGUGUGUGUUUGUGCUUCUACACCCCGUCCUCUGUUGAAUGUUUCUGUCUCUGUUCAUUGUACU